UAUGAGCUUGGAGAGAGUUGGCACGACUCCCUGUGUGCGUAAACAAUUCAUCGAACGCUUGAUGAUGGCCUGCACGUCGAGAACUCAACCCACCCCCACGUUCGCGCAUUCAUGUCCUCAUAUACCACCUAAAGGAAGCGGAGGAGGGUCAUUAGAUCAAACAGCUUCUUCUUCGUCUUCUUCUUCUUCUUCUUCUUGGUGGCCGGCCAUGGGCAGAAGCCGCAUAAGGCUCUCGUGCUGUUGCAGGAGCAGGGCCGCAGCUCCUAUCCGACUCGGAUCUCCACAGCAGAAGCCGAAACCGAAGCCGAAGCCGAAGCUCAAGUUCGUCGCCGAUCGCGGGGCUUCGGUCGCGGAAGCAGCAGGCGGCGACGAAGCGAAGAAAGUGGCCGUGACGGGAAGGAAGAUCGUGGUCGCCGUGGACUCGGGACCGGAAGCGAAGGCUGCUCUCCAAUGGGCUUUGUCUCAUUCCCUCCACGACAACGAUUCCUUGGUUCUCGUGAGCGUUGUGAAGCCACGCCGGCGUCGUAAGUUGCCGUCGCUUGGCUUCGCUACUUCGAUCGAUGUCUUGUUCACCAGUUCUGUCUGCCGUGCACUAGCUGCAGGCGAUCGGUCCCAAACGGAGUGGAGCUCACGAAGCCAUCAAGCAUUUCUUGCCAUGCAAAGCAUGUGCCAAGCAAGAAGACCAGAGAUCAAAGUGGAGCUAUCAGUGGUGGAAGGGCGAGAGCGAGGGCCGGCGAUCGUCGAGGAGGCCAGGAAGCAGGGGGCUUCACUGCUAGUGCUCGGGCAGAAGAAGCGAUCCAUAGCGUGGCGUGUGGUGAGACUGUGGAGUGGCAACAGCAUGAGAGGAGGAGUGGUCGACUACUGCAUCCAGAACUCCUCCUGCAUGACUCUGGCAGUGAGGCGGAAGAGCAGGAGAGGCGGUGGCUACUCGAUCACCACCAAACACCACAAGAACUUUUGGCUCUUAGCAUGACCAAAUCUAUGGGACCAAUGCUAUUGUACAUAAUAUAUUUUCUAGUUUUAACUCACCUAUCUAUUCUUCUUCUUCUUCUUAUGCUUAUCUCCAACUCAAGUAAAAUGGAUGUCCUCAUUUAGUUUGAUCGAGUAGUAAAUGCAUAAAUUUUUAGAAAUCAUCAUCUUAUAUCAUCUUAAAACAAUAAGAUAAAGGAUAUUGGAGACGUUCGCUCUACUCAUGUACGUGUGUGUGUGUGUGUGUGUAUAUCAACGUAUGCUUAUGUUUAAUAUUGUAUGAUCCUUACGGAAUACUUUCGACAAUCAAAAUCUGUUGUAUUGUACGUACAAUUGAAUAGCUACAUGCAGGGCACAAUGUUCGCCUUGCAUGAAUCACGCAUAUGAUAGGAACUUCAUUUUUCAGGCCAAGUAUUAUUGAUGUGGGGAUCCAAAGACAGGAGUUGUAGACACAGUUCACCUGUUCAUGUGAAGGCUCAUCAUUCCUCUUUAUUUGUAGCAGCAGCAGGACGCAGGAGGCAAGCCGCUGCUAUUGGGAGUCACCGCAACCUGAGAAGCCGAUGAUGGAGGAAAGAGGAAGGCUCGGAAAAUACUACGACGACGACGACGACGACGACGACUUGGAGGACAUCGUAGAGAAGCUGAGCCAUAUCGUCCAUCUCUUGAAGAAGCUCGUCGGGCUGGUGGAGGAGAGCAGCCGGUGCGCCAAGGCGUUGCUGGCUCUGCUUCCUCUCCUCGCUCUCGCGCUCUACUGCCUGCAUCGCUUCUGCAACACGAAGAACUCGGAGACGAACUUGGAGGAGACGAUGCGGUCAUCCCACGACGCCAAUUCCACCCUCUCGUCUACCAGGAAGAAUUGGCUCUCCAGACUUUGGGUGCACGUGGAUGUAAAACCCUAGUGUUCCUGGCCUUCUUGGUGCUUUAAGAUUCCCACUCCUGAUGUGUCUCCUCUGCCACAUGAUGCUUGGCUUCUCGACGAUCUCCUUCGUCGUAGUUUUGG